GAAAGUUUUGCAACAGGAAAAGGCGUUAGACAAGGAUGUGUGAUGAGUCCACUCUUGUUCAAUUUGUAUACAGCGGAAUUAGAGCAGGUUUUAAGGAACAGGGGAAUAGGGGCGUAGCAAUAGGUAAGAUAAGGAUAUGGGAAUUGGCGUAUGCGGACGACAUAGCGCUGAUAGCAAAAAAAUAGAGAAGCACUACGAGAAAUGAUGAGCACGCUCAAGCGUUUCUUGGCAGACAGGAAAUUGAAAUUAUGUCCAGAGAAAACGAAGAUAAUGGUCUUUUAUAGGAAAAAGAAAGAAAAAAUAGAAAAAUGGAAGUGGAGGAAAGAAAGAAUUGAGGAAGUACAGGCGUUUAAAUACUUAGGCUUUAUAUUAAAUAACAGAGGUAGUUAUAAGGAAUAUGUAAAGCAAUUAUGUGGUAAAGGUAGAAUAGCAGUAAGGAAAGUAUGGGGAUUAGGAGAGAGAAUUUGUAGAAACGACAUAAAGAGGAGAUAGAUGUUGUUCACAUGCCUGAUGCAAAGUGUGAUGGCGUAUGAGGUGGAAAUCUGGGGAUGGACAGAGAUCGAGAAACUAGAGAAAAUAAUGAUGGACUACGUCAGGUGGAUGUUUAGACUGGAUUUGUGUACACCAAGAUACAUCAUCUCAAGAGAGCUGUUAAUGGACAAAUUAAGAGUCGGAUGGGGGAUCAGAGCGAGGAGAUAUGAGAAUAGAAUUAAAGUAGGGAGAAAUAGUUGGAGUGUUGGAAAAAUAGUUAAGGAGUGUUGGAAGGAAAAAGAGCAGAACAACUGGAGCGAUAUAUAUGGGAUAGAAAGGGAAAAAUACUAUAACAGGAAUGGCUGGGGAACAGAAGCAAAAGAGGUAAAAGAAGACGUGGGAGACGAUUUGGAAAAGGACUUAAUUGACAGGGAAAGAGAUAUUCAGAGGCAAUGGGAGAACAAAAACAUUAAUGCGCCAAGAUACAAUAGGAGAUAUAAGAAAAUAGGGUUAGAUGUGAAGUUGCCGAAUUAUUUAAAAAGUAGGAAUGUAGAGGAUUUAAACAGAGGAGAGAAAAUAAGAGCCAAGAUAAAAGUAAGAUGUGGUAAUCUAGAACAAACGAAUAAAUAUUGGUUAGAAGAAAGACAGAGACUAUGUAUAUUUUGCGAAGAAGACUGGGACUGUCUAGAGCACUACGUCAAGGAUUGCGUGAAAACAAGCGUAUGGUUUGCGGAUUUAGGAGCUGAUAAGGACAGAGUUGUAGAACAGAUAUGCGAGGAAGACACGGACAGGCGGAAGGGGGAAAUAUUGAAGAAGCUAUGGAAAGAGAGGGAAAGAGAAUUAAAAAGAAGAAAGGAGGCAAGCGAUGAGAGGGGAAAAAACAAAAAUAAUAUUACCGAAAUAGUAGAGUAAGACAACAGGAUUUAGACUGAAGAAAUAGGUAAUAACUGUAAUAUAAGGUAAUUGUAUAAUUGUAUAAAGUAAAUAAUAAUUGUAUAAUUGUAUAAAGUAUGGAAAAUGUAAAGAGGCUGUGAUCUCUAAGUCAUAGAAUUAAUAAUUAAUAAUUGAAUAGGUGAGAAUAGGUACAAGUAAUACUCCCGUAGGGGUCUGGAGACGUUUCGGGGCCUCCCGAGGCCGUGCAACUACUCCAGAUACAGGAAUUGGCGGUUCCCUAGCUCGCUAGGGGGUCUGCGGUCUC